UUCCGAAUAAUUUUACGUAUUAGUUAUCAUUAAUACAAAAUGGCUGCGCCCAUGAAAAUUUGCAGGUUUCGAUCUUGUGCUUUAUAUUCGAGAAUUAAGUCAAAGCCAAAGCAUUCUCAUUUAUACAAACACUGCAGACACAACAGCACUCAAGAGAACUGGAAAGGUGUGAUAGGUCUAGAAAUUCAUGCACAGAUAAACACAAAAAGUAAAUUAUUCUCAGCAUCAUCUACUGCCUUUGGUGCUCCUACAAAUACUCAAGUGUCCAUCUUUGAUGCUGCCUUGCCUGGAACACUUCCGGUCCUAAAUGGAGAAUGUGUCAGAGCAGGUGUGAAGACUGCCAUUGCUUUAAACAGCAAGAUAAACAAAGUAUCCAAGUUUGACAGAAAGCACUACUUUUAUGCUGAUCUGCCACAAGGUUAUCAAAUAACACAGCAGAGACAGCCAUUAGCAGUGGGGGGAGAAGUGGAGUACAUUUUGAUUGACCAGAACAAUAGGUAUGUCACAAAAACUGCCAGGAUCACACAAUUACAACUGGAGCAGGACAGUGGGCGGAGCUUGCAUGAUGAGGAGGGACGGCAAAGUCUGAUUGACCUCAACAGGGCAGGGAUUGGUUUGAUGGAGAUUGUCACAGAACCUGAUUUUGAAAAUGGUAUUGAUUGUAGUUCAUUUGUGCGUGAAGUGCAGUUAAUGAUGAGACAACUUCAAGUUUGUCUUGGUAGCUUCAGGGAGGGUGCUCUGCGUGUAGAUGCUAAUAUUUCAGUUCACAAACCCAGUGAGCCCCUAGGAGUCAGAUCUGAAGUUAAAAAUUUGGGGAGUCUUAAAGACCUCAGAAAUGCUGUGGACUAUGAAAUUAAGAGACAAAAGAGUGUUUUAAAAAAUGGUGGAACUGUUAUAAAUGAAACUCGGACAUUUGAUUCAGAGUCUGGGAAAACUAUUCCAAUGCGAGAUAAGGAGAGACUUCAAGACUAUAGAUUUAUGCCAGAGCCAAACUUACCUCCUCUUUAUUUAUACAACAAUUCGACAGCAGCUCAAUCAAGAGAUCAAAAUACAACAAAUAUUGAUGAGGAAAUACAGAAUAUGCCUCCCCUACCUCGAGACGUCAGGAAUAAGCUUAUAAAUGAUUACAACCUGUCUCUGAGAAAUGUUUACGUCUUAGUGAAUGAAGACAAAGGGGUGACAUUUUUUAAUGAGGUUAUGAAAUAUUCAAACAGUCCUCCAAAUUUCAUUGCAAAUUUCAUUGUCAAUGACUUAUUGGGGGUAUUCAAUGCUAAUGACAUUAAGAUUCGGAAUAGUCCAAUAUCACCAGAUAUACUGGCUGAGAUAGUAGAUAUUAAAGAAAGUGGAUAUUCAACAGUGGCAUAUUGUUCUCAGCUGGUAGAAUUGUACCUAAAGCAAGAUAUUACAGAGCGACCGAAGACUGUGGUAGAUAACAACGGCUGGCGGCAGAUUGUGGACACUGAAACCCUGAAGCCAGUCUGUGUCAAAAUCCUGGAGGAGAACCCCAAACUGGUGAAAAAGUAUUGUAAAGGAAAAGAGGACAAAGCUUUGAGUUCUUUGCUGAUGAAAGCAUUGAACGAAACUCAGAUGAAAGGACACCCUGUAUUGAUGAAAAAGAUAUUUACUGAACUACUAGAAGAACAGAAACAGAAAUAAAAUGAUAUUUACAUGGAAUAUACAGAAGAGACAAAAUCUAAAUAUAUUUAUAGAACUUCUUGAGGUGAAAUAAUAUAUAGAAAUAUGAACUGGUUGUGAAAUCUUGGAUCAGAAUUAAGGAAACCAUGUUUCACCUUCAAUUAUUUGUUUUGUGUGCUCCAGCAAUUGGAAGUAGCCAGAUUUUAAAGAAAGAAAGCACAAAUAAAUUCUGUUUGUUCAGGAACCAUUUUUAUAAAAAUCCUAAAUUGUUACAAUUGUACAUUUAAUAGAUUUGCUGAUUAAUACAUUGAUACAACAAUCAGAA